AGCCAUCUUUAAGCAGCCGCACAAGUUUUUUAUUCAACAUUCAUUGUGUUGGGCCGGACCUCUCAUCAAUGGAUUCUUUUCUUGCUCUGAGAAAUUUGAUUAGUGAGUCUUUAAGUCAUAAAUGUUUUCCUUUGAUUAGUGAGUUUUAAAGUCAUAAACAUUUUUGUUGAUUAUUGAGUGUUUAAGUCAUAAAUGCUUUCCUUUGAUUAGUAAUGAUUAACCCUAACUAGUUAUGAUUAACACACACAAAAAAGUCAUAACUAAUGAGUUAAAUGAACAACUGGGGUACAAUGAGUCUCAAACUGUUUGAUCAUCAGCACUGAAAAUUGCCCAGUGUCCUUCCAUGGAUUAGCCAGAGCUGCUUUGAGGAACAUGGCUACUGGGAUAUUGGUCCAGUCGCACUCCGCAUGUGUGUGGGUAAGUGGAUAAGUGUGGAUGAGUGGGUCAAUGAACCAAUGGGUAUUGAGGGGGAGGGGAGUUCAAUUUACCAAUGUGGAAAAAGUGGGUAAAUGUGGCAGUUUUGUUUAGAGGGUCAAUGUACUAAUUGUGUACUAAUUCACUGUACCGUUUUGGGUCAGGUACCAUUGUGGGUCAAAUAACAGUGUGGGUUAAUGUACCAAUGUGGGCCAAUGCAAUGAUGUGGGUUACUUACAAUAGUGGUUCAAUGUAUCGGUGUGGGUCAAAGUUUAGGUGCAAUCAUGUGCAUUAUAUACUAAUAGUUAAGUUUAGUUGUAAUCAUUUGCUAAUAGUAAAGUUUAAUUUUGUCCUACUUAAAAAGUAAAAAAUGGAAGAGAGUUAAAAUUCACUGACUUUAAAAAAAAUCCCUUUUCAGGAUGUCUGCUUCUCUCCCUUUUAUGAGGUACUUGCUUCCUGUGAUGCCACAGGCAAGGUCAAGGUGACAUUACCACAAAUGGUUGGACUGCGCACCAAGACUAUCAAGUCUCAGAUAUCAUGGCACACCAGGACAUGCCCUUCAAUGGUAAUUUUGGGUUGCUACGGGGAAAAAUUAAUACCGAAUUAAAAAAAGUAAUAAAUAUAACACAAUGUAGGGUCAAAUUGGGUCUGAGAUUAUGGUGACAUCAUUGUUUUGUUUCUAUAUCACAGCUUUAAAAAUACAUUUUAAUUUUUGUGUAAACCAGGUGUGCACAACUCAAAAUGUUAGGGGGGGAGGGGCGUCUAGUGUAAACCAGGUGUGCACAACUCAAAAUUUAAGGGGGGCGUCUAGUGUAAACCAGGUCUGCACAACUCAAGAUGUAAGGGGGGGGGGGGGCGGCGGCAUACUUUAUGAAAAAUNGUGUAGGGGUGGGUUGCUGUUAAAAAUAUGAUAAAAAAGUUUCUUUCUUUACUUCACAUGCGGUAAAGUGGGUUCUGGCGGGCCGUAUGUUGUGCAGGCUUGGUAUAAACCAUUUUAUUUGAAAACAACUUAAUAAAAAUGAGUGCAAUUUUCCUUCCAUUUUAUUCUCAAGUGUCUGAGAAGACAAUCUUUUACUACUGAAAGAUUUGAGUAGUUUGACAAUCAUUUUGUUCCCAAGUGUCUGAGAAGACAAUCUUUUACUACUGAAAGAUUUGAGUAGUUUGACAAUAAUUUUUUUCAUUGCACAAUUUUGGUAUCCACACUUGUGUCAUCAUCAUCUUAGAUCUUCUUGAAACGUUCGGCAGCCAUUGUUGAACUUUACGUACUCAAUGAUGUCUGUUUUCAAAGAACAUCUCAUAACCCACAGGUUCUAUACCAAGCAAGACUUGCUGAAGAGACCCCUGCAGGUCAAGGUCCAUCUGCUAAUGUCACUCAGCAAUGUGAAGGGCAUCUUCAAAAUACUGAAAGUGUCAUUCCUGGUCAAGGUCAUGAACCUGACUUAUCCAGUGAGACAGAGUCAAAUCAACCAGCUAACCACAUCAACAAGGAAGAAUUUCAGCUAUCCACAUUGACAAAUAAUUUACAUCUAGAAAACUCCAAGAAUUUAAACAAAACUGAAACAAAUCAAAUUCUGACUGGUCACACCAAGCCAACAUCUGCAAAGAAAUCUGGCAGCUCUACGAAAGUCCCCGGCCUUGCAUGCAGCGAAAGUUGUCCAAAUAGUGAGGAUACCUUACACUAUGUGGAGGUAAAAUUCAUUCUUUAAAGUUAAUAUGUGACAGCGGGUUGUCCAGGCAUUGUCUAAGGCUUGUCUUGGGUUCGGGUCCCCCACUUAACAGCGAGUUGUCUAAGAAUUGUCUUGGGUUCGGGUCCCCCACUUAACAGUGAGUUGUCUAGGCAUUGUCUAAGAAUUGUCUUGGGUUCGGUUCCCCCCCACUUAACAGCGAGUUGUCUAGGCAUUGUCUAAGAAUUGUCUUGGGUUCGGUUCCCCCCACUUAACAGCGAGUUGUCUAGGCAUUGUCUAAGAAUUGUCUUGGGUUCGGUUCCCCCCACUUAACAGCGAGUUUUCUAGGCAUUGUCUAAGAAUUGUCUUGCGUUCGAUUUCCCCCACUUAACAGCGAGUUGUCCAGGCAUUGUCUAAGAAUUGUCUUGGGUUCGGUUCCCCCACUUAACAGCCACACAAAGAAACAACACAACUCCAGCUGCUACAAACUGACAUUUAAUAAUGAUAUAAAGGGAACUAAUUCAAUGCUGAAGUGGUACGAUACAAAUCACUUAAAAAUGAUGGUAAGUGGAUAACUUAUCCAUUUAAAACAAUUACUGCACUUUUUGCAAGUGGUCUCCUCAUAUCACCAGGGCAGUGGCCUCCUCAUAUCACCAGGUGAUUUACACCUUUCUGUGCUCUCUGCCAAGGUACUGAAUUCCCCCCCCCCCUUUUGCAACCUACCCCAAAUAGUUACUUAAUUAUUUCCAAUUUAAUAUGUAAUAGUAAUAGUUGAUUUUUUAAAUAUAAGCCUGUAAUAUAAUCUUUAUAAUCUUAGAUAUAUAUUUUAUAUUUUUAAUUCAAAUCACAUUACUACAUUAUCACAUUAUAUGCUUUUAUACUACUACACUACCACUAUACCAAACCACCAUACAACCACACUACCGCCAUAUCACAAUGUAACACUACUACUCUACCACACUACAGUAACACAAACAAGGAGAACUAUUCUGAUCACGACUCUAUAUUUGAUUGACAAAUUGGCAGACGUAUUUAGUUUAGAUAUCAUUUCAAAGAAACACUUAAAUUAGAAAGAUUGUAAGCAGGUCUCUCCUGCUCAGCGUGGUCUCUCCUCCUCAGCAUGACCUCUAACACAACAAAGGAGAGAAUGCUUCAGACUUCUCUUAUAUUUGAUAAACAAAACCUUGUGUUCUGAUUUUUCAUGAGUCAUUGAUUUAAAUUCUUUCUUUCUACUAUUCUACAUCUCUAUUUUAUUCAGCUCAGCAUAAUAUUAUAUUUGAUUGCAUGAAAAGCACAUUUGUAGAAUACAUAUAUCUAAUAAAAAUAAUGUUUGUUGGUGUUCUAGACAAGACCUGAGCUGAAGCUGAGUGCCAAAGUCAGUGGGAAGGUGGAACAUGAGGUUUAUGGUGGCAGUAACAUACAAGCAGUGCACAGGGUAAGUGCUCUGGUUAGUACAUGGGUGGGAGAUCAUAGUGGCAGUACCUAACACAGAAGUGGACAGGGUAAGUACUCUGGUUAGUGCAUUGGUGGAAGAUCAUAGUGCCAUUACCUAACACAGCAGUGGAUCAACAAUCCCAUCAUUGAUUUCAAAUGAGGUUUUGUACGGAUCUACGAUCGGAACUUUGAUGUAUAAAAUCCUGUUUAUUUUGGUUCUCCUCUUAGCUAUUGGUUGUAAAUUACUUUUAAUCAGAUUUAGAAUGAUUUCCCUUUGAUAAACAUCCGAUUUUCUUUGAUUCAAGUGUUGGAAGCGGUUGUUUUGAUACACUAUUUUAUUUUUCUUUACAAACAUGAAAUCUUGACCUGACACCUCUGGCAGUCGAUCUAAUAAAGGUUGAAAAUAUUACUCUGAUGAUGAUUCAGACAGUGGUUUUAUGAUUUCAUAUGCAGAAGCUGAUUCUGAUGAAUCCUAUAAUUAUAAUCCUAGUUGUUGUAUUAGUAGUACUAUUGAGCAACUAAUGUAAUUGAUAAUUCAUCAGCUGUUGAACAACCAGCCCCCCUCCCUCCCUCCCCUCCCCCACCCCCACAGCUAAAGUGCCCUCUAGAAGAGCUAAUACUGUUCCUAAUAUAAAUAAUGUAGAUUCUAAAAGGAAAGCUGCUGAUCUUACUCUUAGCACUAAAACUGAGUGCAAUUUCAAAUUUUUACCUUUGAAUAAAGUAGGUGUAAAAUAGUUAAAGUUCCUAUUAGGUAAAAAAAAAAGACAGUAUACAAACAGGGCAAACUGUACUGGUAGGCCUAUACGUUUGUGCUGGAUGUCAGUCAAAUCCGCCCAUCCAUAUGGAUUGUUUUCAGGCUUACCAUAGCUCAACCCAGAUGAAAAGAUAUGACAAAUUUAUGGUAAAUCUUCCAUUUACCAUAAUAAUGUUAAUACAUACAAGGAUACAGUGCAAUUAUUUUCUAAUAGCGACAGAUUGUUUCCAGUGCAAAUGGAUUUUUUCGGACAUUUUAUAAUGUGCUCUGGUAUUGCAUUUGGAUUAUAGUUUUCUCUUUGUGUGACUUUUUGAACAUUUUGUGAGUUUUUCAAGUUAAAUUUUUCUUUUCUUAAAUCAAAAUCAGAUUUAUAUAUUAAAAUUUAAACCAAAGUCUGUAUUGCCUGUAAAGAGCAUGCUAUCUCCUUUAACUCUAUACCAGCAAUUGAAACAUUUGAACAUUUUCUGGUGAAGAACAAAAAAGAUGUGAUGGUUUAGGGUAGUGCGUAACACAUAUGCCAAAUAGAUAAUUCCAUCAUAACAUGGACAUUAAUUCCAGAGACAAAGAAUUAAGAUAGUAUCUGAUCCAGGCAUAUUAUAUAGAAGUGGAUGCUCUCGGCUCCUUCAAUUUUAAUUUCCACUUUGGGUUGAGUUCAGUCCCCAGCUGCUUGGGGUUGAGUUCAGUCCCCAGCUGCUUGGGGUUGAGUUCAGUCCCCAGCAGCCUAAACAAGCAAAAACACCACCAGCACCUCUGGGGGAUUGGACUCGUUCACCAUUGAUGGCAAUUAGGGAACUAGCUUAUCCUCCUAGAGAAAUCUAUACCAUCGUCACUUUGUGACAGACGGAUUAACAAUAACACACAAAAAUGUGUGCCAAGUGACACCCGGGUCCAUGCAAUGAAUAGGUAAAAGCAUGUUAAUUAUGUUCGUGAUUUCCCUCAGGUUCGAUUCAGCCCGAAUGUCAACUGUUGCCUGUGGCUGGCAUCUGGUGGUGAGGCUGGGAUCUUGCGGCUACAUAAUCUUACAUCAGUGGUCAGGCCAAGCAAAGCCAAAGCUCAUCAGUUUUAUGAGAAACACAGAAAAGGCAAGAACAGCUAGCAGGAAGGAAGCACAGACAAGGCAAGAAGAGCAAGCAGGAAGAUGACAUCAACAAGGCAUAACAGCUAGCAGGAAGACACAGACAAGGCAAGAAGAGCUAGUCGUAAGAAAGCACAGACAAGGCAAGAACAGCUAGCCGGAAGAUGACAUCGACAAGGCAUAACAGCUAGCAGGAAGAUGACACAGACAAGGCAAGAAGAGCAAGCAGGAAGAUGACAUCGACAAGGCAAGAAGAGCAAGCAGGAAGAUGACAUGGACAAGGCGUAACAGCUAGCAAGAAGAAUACACUUGUAUUUAUUAAUAGACUGGAAAUGUCAAUAAUAUUGCUGACAUGAAAGCCAAGCACACUAAUGAAUUGAUGGUAAUAAGGGGAGAGACUGCAAUCAGGUUAGUACAAAAUAAAAUGAGUAAAACAGAGUAGGGUUAAGCCUGAAAAAAUAAACGCAACAAAACAGCGAACGUGAAUUGAUGUAGUAACACAUUUAGAUAUUUCAAAGUAUUUAAUUCCUGGUACUGUUACUACACUCUGUGUUCACAUAACAUGCCAAGUACCAGUACAUAUUUUAUGAACUCAACUAAUUAAUAGAAUAUGAGAACAUUUACAAUCCCAAAAUCAAAGAAUUGUAUGAUCAUUGUCACAGAUAGUAUUAGUCUAGCCUUAUCCCCUACGUGUCAGUUUUUUUUUAAUUUAGGAUUUUAAUCAAAUAUGCAGUGUUGUUAGCCAAAAUAUCAACCAAAAUAUCACUGAAUUGUAUAAUGUUGUCCUAAAAUGUAUAUAGCAAACCAAAUUGUUUUAUACCU